AUGACCGUCGUCCAUGUUUUAGAUGAUUACUACCUCGCAAUAACGUUCUUAAUUACAGUUGCGUAUCAAUUGUUCUUCUUCGCAAUUGCAUUUUCUCUCAAAUUUGAUAAACUUACAGAUUUUGCUGGAGGAACAAAUUUCGUUGUACUUGCCAUCAUAACGCUUGCAUUCAGUGGUCAUCACCAUGCACGUCAAAUCGUCGCCUCUCUUUUUAUCAUGGUAUGGGGGGCACGCCUAUCAGCUUUCCUAUUAUUCCGAAUCCUGAAAACCGGAAAAGAUGAUAGAUUCGAUGAUAAGCGUGAUAACUUCUUCAAAUUUCUUGGGUUUUGGGUAUUCCAGAUGUUCUGGGUUUGGGUUGUCUCUUUCCCGGUCACCAUAUUGAAUUCCCCCAAAGUCACGAGAUUCCCACAGCCUGCUUUCGGCACAGCUAGUGAUAUCGCGGGAGUCAUUCUCUACGCUAUUGGUAUUAUUAUGGAGAGUGUGAGCGAUAUUCAGAAAUAUCUUUUCAAAGCCAACAAUAGCGACAAAUCGAAAAUCUGCGACAAGGGUUUCUUCUCAUGGAGUCGUCAUCCAAAUUAUUUUGGAGAGAUCAUCAUCCAGUUUGCUAUCUACAUGAUUGCAGUCUCACCUGCCGCCGAAGGCUAUGUUCAUGGUGGAGCCCGCUCAGCUCUCUAUGCUUCAAUUCUCGGCGCAAUAUUCCUCACUACCCUACUCAUGUUCGUAUCCGGUUUGACACUUCAAGAAAGACCUGGUGCAAAGAAACGAUACGAGAAGGACAAUCACUGGGAGGAAUACUCUCGAUAUCUGAACCGAACGAGCAUUCUCAUCCCUUUCCCACCACAAAUUUAUGAGAAACUCCCUACGAUAUUGAAAAGGACAAUUUUCUUGGAAUUUCCCAUUUAUGUAUUCGAUCCAGCAAAGCAUUCUGAUGUUGGAAGAGGUCAGCAUGGUGCAGAGGAAGGUCGUCAAUCGCAUGGACGAGAUCGACAAAGUACUGAUGCUUUGGCUCAUUGA